AUGACGAAACUACAUCAACUUAAAUUGGUGCAAUUUAAAGAAGAGUUACACAAGCAAAAUCUUGCUACAAAAAUAAUACAACAAUCAGCAAAAAUAAAACAGAAGAGAAAUCGAGUUGAUGUAAAAAUUGAACAGACGAAAAAUCAAGUUGAUGCCAAAAUUGAGCAGUCGGCCGCGAUUGAUGCUAAAAUAAUAAAACAGUUGAUAGAACACAGAGAAAAAUUCGAUGUCCAAGUUAUCGAGCUUGACCAGAAGUUAUCUGGCAAAAUAGAUAAACUUAAACAAGAUUUGGAAGAAACUAAGAAAAUAAAAUCAACACCUGUAAACUACGUGACCACGAAGACAUUGAAAACGCCAGCGGCAGAAGUUUUUAAAAAAGAAACUGCAUUGGAAACGUUUAUAAAGGCUGUUCGGGAUUCAGAUCUUAGACAAACCCUCAUACCAGCGGACAAACGCAACCUCAAAGAUGCUGUUGCCUACAGUCUUGCAUUCAAGUCAGCAAAGCAAGCAUCACAGACUGACAAAAACCUGCACCAAAUUCGGGAAGAAUGUUCAUGUCAAAGAAUAGUUCUAGAAUGGAAAGAUCAGAAUUAUGGUGUUCCAAAAUGCUGA